ACUCGCUUUUCCCCUGGAUUUAUCCAACAAACUACGUGAUGUUUAUCUGGCUAUAAAUAUUCAAAUCCUUUUUUUUUAGAUUUCGAUUCCUUCACGAGCUUAACGAUAUGGAUUCAUCAGACCUCGAGGUGGCAGCAAUACAGAGGAACGGUAACAAGCCUGAAGACUGGUUGGCUUACAUUAAUAGAUUAAAACGAGAAUCAGCCAACUAUCAUCACAUUGUUGAAUUAUAUGGCAAGGCUGCUAGUCUUAUCUCUCCUGAUGAAAACAAGAAGAACAUUAGCUAUGCUAGGCUUUUGGUUGAGUUUGCCAAACUCCAAAGCAUGUCCUCGCCCGAUGAUGCGAGAGAUACUUUCCAGGUUGCGAGAUGUAAUGUUAAGAAGUUUGCAAUCGUAUAUUUAGCAUGGGCUCAGCUUGAGCUGUCACAAGGCAAUCGAGGGAAGUGUAAAAGCCUUCUGAAUAAGGGACGAAAGAAUGCAGCAGAACCUAUAGACAUAUUAAAUCAAGCACUUCAUAACUGUGAACAAGGGAAUGAAAGGCUAUUGGAUGAUGAGACUGAAGAGUUGGCUUUCACUGGAGUCCUGAGUGAAGCUGGGAAAUCUAGAUUGAAACUCGUAAUCCCAACUCUACAGAGUGACAGUGAAUUGACACAAGAAAAGUUGAUGGCAGGUACUGACAAUUCUACUGGAAACCAAGUGCUGGCUGUUCAAGGUUCUGAGUGUAGUGAAGGACUGUUGGUCUCCUCUAAGCAAGAUAAUAGUGGAGUUAUCUCUUUUAAGCUUUCUGAAAAUAGUGAAAGGUUACAUCCCAGGAUAAGGCAGAAGCUGAGUAGUAGCAGUAGCAGCAGUGGAGAAGACACAGUCACAGCACCACUUCACCAUAUAUGUAGACCAGCCAACAUCAAAAGCAUGUCUACUUGCAAACCAUCUACAUGUAUAAAAGCUACACCAGACUGGAAAACAGUUGACAGCAGCAGUUUGUCAAACAGUAUGGACUUGUCUGUGCGCAAGUCAUCAGCUCGUCGUGGGCUCAAAAACAAUUCUUUGUUUUUGGGGCCCCCAAUGAGAGGCAGGCAUGUAUCUUCACUGGAGGAUGUCGAAGAAAGAAAUUUUGAAGGAGAAGAGCAAAUUGAGGUUGAUUACAUGGAUGACAUUAAGGUUCUUGACUACACUUCUUCACUUCUAGUUCAAGAUAAAGUUCUUUCUGAAAGCAAAAGAGAUCCUGUAGUGAAUAUUGGGAACAACGAAAACACUUUGUCACAAGUCAGUCUAGAGAAAAAUAAACCAGAUUUCAGAUCUACGGUCUUAACACUCCAUGAUGAUUUUGCCAAGUCUGCUCUGCGCAAUGAAUGCCAUGACAACUAUUCUGAUAUUGAAAAUCAAGAUCCAUCAAAAAAUAAACUGGAUCAGAAUAAAGUAAGCAUCAAGCAAGUGCCUCAUUGUCAAGCCGUACAUGGCAAACAUGUAGACCUUCAUAGCCAGGAAAGAACCAACUAUGAUGAGAGAUAUUCAAAGCAAACAAUGCAUCAAAAUCUUGAAUAUCCUAACCAAGAAGGAGUUAAUUAUCAGGACUUUGCAAAAAGAGAGGUGACUGUCAACCAAGUAUUUCCUCAAGUUCACACAGCAAUAGACAAAACAUCCAUCUUUGUUAAUGGCAAACCCUACCUAAAACUUGGCACUAUUGGUAGGGGAGGCUCUAGUAAGGUUUUUCGUGCGUUUGAUGGCCAACAUGUUUGUGCAGUAAAGUAUGUGUCCUUGGAAGACGCAGAUGAUGUCAUAAUACAAAGUUACAUCAACGAGAUAUCCAUGUUGAAAAGACUGCAAGGAAGUGAUCAUAUUAUUAGAUUAUAUGAUUGGGAAAAAAAGAAAAAUGAAAAUAGCAUAGUCUUAGUGCUUGAAUGUGGUAGCAUUGAUUUAGCCGCAUUCCUUCGCAAGAACCRCAGCUCAUUUACUCAAACAGAACUGACUGCUCACUGGAAACAAAUGUUGGAGGCUGUUAAUGUUAUUCACAGCCAAGGAAUUAUUCACAGUGAUCUCAAGCCUGCAAAUUUCCUAUUUGUGGAAGGAAGGUUAAAGCUUAUCGAUUUUGGUAUUGCAAUCACUAUUCAGGCUGAUCAAACAAGUAUACAGCGAGACACCCAAGUUGGUACUCUCAAUUUCAUGUCACCAGAAGCCUUCCAAGACAUCUCUGGCUCAUCCCAAACCAACCCAACAACAGGAAGGUCAAGACCAUGCACUAAGAUUGGUCGGCCAAGUGAUGUUUGGUCUUUGGGAUGUAUACUUUAUAAUAUGGUUUAUGGACGUACACCUUUUCAACAUAUUACUAACCAAGCUAUGAAACUACAAUGCAUCAUGGAUGAAAACUAUGCAAUAGAAUUUCCACCUGUGGACAACCAGCAGCUCCUUGAUGUUCUUAAGGGCUGUUUAAUUCGUAAUCCUCGAGAGCGUUACACUAUUCCACAGUUGCUAAAGCAUCGUUUCUUGUCACUAGGAAAACAAGACCCUAAUGAGGAACAACUGUUCAACUGCUUAUUGGAGUUGGCACAAGCUCAAGUCAAUUCACCUCGUUCAAUUCGCGUUGCAAGUAAAAGUAUCUGUGAGCAAUUGAGAUCAGGAAAUAAGAUUGAUUUAUCAUCAGUACUAGCAAGAAAACAACAUUUACAGCAAUCAAUGGCUUUUCGCAAACCGCUGGAGGGUCUAGAUGUCCAGGAAUUACCACAGUCGCACAACUCAAUGGAUACAUCAGCAAGCUCGUUUGCUGCAUCUAAUCUGAGAAAUGCCAUGCUGUAUUCCAAUAAGGACAACUUUUGAGACCUUCCCCGCCACGAAAAAGUCUGAACUCUAAGCUACUUUGAGCAAGACUUUAAAUUGCUUCACCUCAGGAAUCAGGAACAGAAAAUCUGAUUCACUAGUCAAUAGUCCCUUUUCUUAUUCAGUAAAAAGCGUCAUGUUGGCACAGGCUUAGCCUCGCUUAAGAGCAAAUCAUUUGCAAAAGUCAUUUGUAAUGUAAAAAAAAAUGUGCAGCUUGAACAAUACCAAAGUUUUGAACUGAGAUCUCACGGACUUUUAGUGUUUUUUUGUGAAUAGUUGACUUAUAAACGGGGCUAAUCCUGUGCAAAUGAGUAUUUGGUCUCAAAAAAUAGCGUUAUAUAUACAUGCGAAACUGAUGUAGUGAAACCCCCGUCCCACGAACUGGGCGGGGAAUUAACGAAACCGCAAGAAUGGGGAUUCAACCGCGCACAUUUAACAGCGUGAAUGCAUGGGUGUACAGGAUAUUUACGCGUACUUCAACAGUUUGACAAUAUUAAUAGCAGCAACUUCAAUGUUUUUAACAGUAAUUUUUUUCCUCUGAGACCGGGGGAAAGUGUUAACACUACGUGAGUGAAUGUUGAAUUCCCCACCCUGUCCUAGUGGGGGGUCUGGGGGGGGGGGGGUAAUGACUAGUGCAGAAUGCGUUAGAGAAAAUAUCGAAACGCAGUGCAUUAAAAAAACAAUAACUAAUGGAAUAAUAAUAUUAAAAAAUAAUAAAUAGAAAUUAAAUAUAGAAAUAAAGCAUGUGUAAAAACAUCAAAUGGAAGCUGUAUAGCACUAAUAUUAGUUUUGCCCGGUGAUAUACAGUCCUUUGACUAAAGGUUGUCGUUGAUCGGAUCAUCCCUACGCGCCUAGACCGAAAAGGAUAACGGAUAAAUUACCCAGAACAUGCGUCAUCCAAACU